GCCCGCAGGCUCCGGCGCCUCCCUUCACCUCGCGAUCACCCUGCGGUCCCGCCCCCGAGACCCGCCUCGCUCGCUAGCCCGCGGGGAGCCGGGAGGCCGCAGCCGUGGCGGCCAUUUUGUUGCGUUGCUUGGCCGGUGGCGCGGGCGUGUGUCCGGGUGCCCUUGUCUCUGCAGUUUGUCCCGUGCAGAUUCCUCGGGAAGGAGCCGGCAGCACCCAGGCCUCGUCAAGCCCCUUUCCGGGGCCGCCUGCGGGCGGGGGAGGCAGGCCGAGCCCAAUCCCGACCCGCACGCACCGCCCCCACAAAGUGGGGAGGGGAGGACUGGACCGGGCCGGGCGCCGUUCGUGGCCUCCCUGACUGCGGCGGCGGCCCGUGCGCGGGGCCGGGUCGCUCGGAGCUGCCGCGCGGACAGGGGAAUAAAAGCAGUGGUAUCGAUUUUGCAAAAUGACAAAACAUCCACCGAAUAGAAGAGGGAUCAGCUUUGAGGUGGGAGCCCAGUUGGAAGCCCGGGACAGAUUAAAAAACUGGUAUCCUGCCCACAUUGAAGAAAUUGAUUACGAGGAAGGAAAAGUGCUUAUUCAUUUCAAACGCUGGAACCACAGAUACGAUGAAUGGUUUUGUUGGGACAGUCCUUACCUUCGUCCCUUAGAGAAAAUACAGCUAAGAAAAGAGGGGUUACAGGAGGACGAAGGUUGUACUGGAUUUCAUAUAAAUGAUCAGGUAUUGGCUUGCUGGUCUGAUUGUCGUUUUUAUCCAGCCAAAGUCACUUCUGUUAACAAAGAUGGUACAUACACUGUAAAAUUUUACGAUGGAGUAGUUCAGACUGUCAAAAAUAUUCACGUCAAAGCUUUUUCCAAAGAUCAGAAUAUUGUUGGUAAUGCUAGGCCUAAAGAAAGAGGUAAUGAAAUCACUUCAUCUCCUGAAAAACGGGAGAAAUUUAAAGUACAAAGGAAAGCAGUUGAGAACGCUAAGGAGGACAAGGAUGAAAAGACAUUAAAGACUGAAAAAAGAUGUAGACAUUCUGAUAAAGAAGGAAAAUUAAUAGUCUUCUCAGAAAAAGGCAAGGUCUCUGAAAAGAGUAUACCAAAGAAUGGGAAAGAAGACAAAGAGAAUAUAUCAGAAAAUGAUAUGGAAUAUUCAAUAGACACACAAAUUGAGAAGAAGCCAGAAAAUGACAAUGUGAAGAUCCCACAAGAAGGCAUAAAAGAAACUAAAAGGAAACGUGGUAGACCACCUAUAACUCCGCCAACAGAGCAAAGUUCUCAGACCCUGCAGCCAAUAACAUUGGAAUUAAGACGUCGGAAAAUACCUAAAAUAGGUGAAGUUCCAUCAAAACGUCCUAGGGUUGAAAAAAACUUGGCUCAGGAAAAACUGAAAAGCUCUCCAGAUAACCACGAAAGAGACCAGAUUAGGAGACGAUCCUCAAGGCUCUCAUCCAGUGGAAGUCAUGACAUUUUAAACAUAGACUGUGUCACAACAACUCUAACAGAAAUUGGACCUUUGAAAGAUUCAGCAUGUAGCCUAAAGGAGCCUAAGAAAGAAAUUUCCAUUGAAUCUGAUGAAAACUUCUGUGAACAAACACCUGUAGCCUCUGGAGAUGUAUCACAUACCACAGCUCUUGAUGCAAAUAUUAGUUUACAAGAAAAAACAGUAGAUCCUGAGACUUCCUUCAUAACUGCUGAAACACAAGAGCCUUCUGCUGCUACAGUAACAAAAACUUUUAAGAGAGCAGAUGAUUUUAUUACACCAAAAACUGCAACUGUUGACCGAGAUCACAAGUUUAGAUGCAAGUUCUUGGACUGUUCAAAAUCAUUCCGCAAAGCCAAGCUGUUGCAUUAUCACAUGAAAUAUUUUCAUGGAAUAGAGAAGACACCAGAACCACAACAGAGCCCAAUAAAAAGAAAUAUUCAAACAAGAGGUUCUUUGGCCUCUGAAAAAGUGAAUCAGGAAAUGUCAAAUAGAAGGAGGACUACAUCUCGUUCAUUUUAUGGUCCUCUGCACAUAGCCUUAAGGAGUACCCCACAUAGAGGUGAAAAAGUAGAAAAGAGAAGAACUUCAGCUCCUUCCUCUGUAAAUUUAUUAAACAGUCACCGAUCUUCUCUUAGAGAGCAAAGCAAAGAAAAUCGAAUAGACAGAUCGCAUCGGAAAUAUCAAGACAAAGAAAGAACUGAAAAUGUUGUUAAAGACCAAAAGAAGAGCAAAGAGAAGAAAUCCAAAGAUUGUAUUAGAUCGAAGUCAAAGAAAAAGAAGAAAAAGAAAUCUAAGCCUGCAGGACGCGAGCAGGGGAAGGACGUCUCAAUUCCUCUCAAAGGCUCCUAUAUCUGUCUUGGAGUGUCUCUCCUAGUUCCUUUCCGUGAAUGCGUGCCCGAAGGCACCCUUGAAUACCCUGGCAGUGAAGAAAACAUUGACAUUUCCCAGGAACCUUCUCCCCCAAAAUCUGUCAACAUGACAAGAUACAAUUCUUCAAAUAAAUCAUAUACCCAGCUAAGUACACCACCUCUACAUGACUCUGAUUGUGGGCAUCAUAAAGAGAGAUUGAAAGUAAAUGUGAAGAAGUUUUUUCCUGAUAUCCAGUUGAAACCUACUUUCAAACCUACUUCAACUUCAAGCCAUUGGUCCAUGUCUGAGUUUCUGCAGCAAGAAAGAAAAGAUGUUCUCCUUCUUCUUUAUGGCAGCCCUUCAGACGAAGAGACCUUGAGUGAGUCGUCCACAGAUAGCUUGGUUUGGAGUGAAGAUGACUGCAGUCGGGACAUUGAUGUAACCACUAAUCCAGAUGAGGAUUUUGAUGAAGAAGAUAGUGACUUUGAGAUUGUUCGAUGCCUUUGUGAAUUGGAAGAAGAAAAUGACUUUAUGAUUCAGUGUGAAGAGUGUCUGUGCUGGCAGCAUGGAGUCUGUAUGGGUUUACUGGAAGAUAAUGUACCUGAGAAAUAUACCUGCUAUAUUUGCCAAGAUCCUCCAGGUCAGAGAUCCAGCUUAAAGUACUGGUAUGAGAAGGAGUGGUUAAGUAAUGGGCACAUGCAUGGCUUAGCAUUUUUGGAAGAAAAUUAUUCCCACCAGAACUCCAAGAAGAUAGUAGCCACUCACCAACUUCUUGGCGAUGUACAGAGAGUAAUAGAAGUUCUGCAUGGACUGCAGCUGAAGAUGAGCAUUUUACAAAACAAAGAACAUCCUGACUUAAAACUUUGGUGUCAUCCUUGGAAACCAUUUACAGUUGGUGAAAAAACUGCUACUAAACGCAUCAUUCACAUUGAAGAGGACUGCUACAAAGAAGAGACUACAAGUUAUAGAACUUUCAGUGGAACAGUUGAAAAACCCUCAACUGUUCCUUCUUUGGAGGAGUCUUAUAUCACUAGUGAACACUGUUACCAGAAACCUCGGGCCUACUACCCAGCUAUAGAGCAGAGACUGGUUGUGGAAACCAGGGGUUCAGCUAUGGAUGAUGGAACAAACCGAAUUAGAGAGAAUGGGGAUGAUGCCCUGUCAGAGAGAUUUGGAUGGGAUCUGAACAGAGAAAUAUGCAAGCUGGAGAAUGAGUCCAGACAUAAUUAUACCAAGGUUAGAGAAUGUGUUUCUAAGAAAUUCUCUUCGGAUGAAGCUAUUGAAAGAAAAUUGCUGGAAAAAGACAAGGAAGGAAUUGUAAGCUCGCAUCUACAGUGGCAGCUUAAUCUUUUAGCCCAUGUUGAAUCUCUGCAAGAUGAAGUUACACACAGGAUGGAUUUCAUCGAGAAAGAACUGGAUGUUUUGGAAAGUUGGUUGGAUUACACAGGAGAGCUGGAACCGCCAGAACCACUAGCUAGACUUCCACAACUAAAACAUUGUAUAAAACAGCUUCUUAUGGACCUAGGCAAGGUGCAGCAGAUUGCACUGUGUUCCUCAACGUGAGACAAGAAAGAUCUUGGAAAUUGCUAUUGAAUAUGAACAUGGAACAUACGAACAUGAGCACUGCUAUAUAUUUAAAUGAAAUAAGCAUGCUGAUUGCAUGUGAUGCAGAUUUCAGGGAUUUGUGAAAAAGUUUUACUGUUCAGAAAGCAGUAACAAACUAGGUUUUCCUUAUCUUUUGAUUGUUUGGGUUUAUUAGUUAACAACGUGGAAGGGGAUUUACCCUUGUUUUCAAAUGUUAGGAACAGGCUAAUAGAUUAUAGUAGUAGAUUUUUUUUCACUCUUUACAGGAAGUUUGUUGAAUGAUACUAUAAACUUUUUUGCAUAAUUAAAUGGAUUUAAAAUUGUGCCACUAAAGAACAGAGUUCUAAGAGCCAAAAAUGUUUAGGUGACACAGGUUAUAAAUUAUGUUCUAUAGAGUUUAUUUAAGUGACUUGUAUAGUGAUUGUUCAUGCUUUAUUCCUACUGGUUUAUGCAUAGCACAGUAUUUAAUCAAUAUGAGAUGUUACACCAAUUUUCAGGCAUAAUAAGUAUGAAUGUCCAACUCUUAUAAGCUGUUACAUGGAGGUUUGCAAGUAAUCCUGGCCUAAAGCCCCACUUCUGUUAUUUUAAAUAGAUGUACCAGAAGAUUGGAGUUGGGUUGCACUUACUUUCAUAGUAAACGAUUGCUUUCCAUGUUUAUCAUGGUAGUAUCCCAUAACUUUAUGGUACUGGGGAGACCCAUUUAUGGUAAUGAUUUUGUGUUUCUGAAUCUUUAAAUAUGGCCAAACUGUGCCUCCUGAACUAGUGCUAACAGGAUACUCUUGGGGGCAACCUAUGCUCUGUCUCUAAAAGAGGGGAGAUGCACUCAAAGUUCCAAUCUUCAGUAAGGUCUGAGUAGAUGUUAUGUCUGUUUUAUACCAACUUAAUAAUUGUCAUUCCAGUUUUAUUUUGAACUGUAGACUUUUUUCAAUAUUUUAGAUGUGCUCAUUGUAAAGACUCACUAUGAAUGUGUAGUUUUGGGAACUGGUUUAUUUUAUAUUUAUGCAAAUAAAACCUCAAUCUAUGCAUGAGGUACUGUCUCACAGACAGUGAGCUGGUAUUAUGUUAAAGAGUGUAUGUUUUUGAAGUCCCUUUUUAUACCUUAAGAAGUUUUAAUUUUCUGGUUUGUAUUAUUUAGACAUCAAGAUGAAAAUGCUGCUUAAGUUGAGGAUAUGCUAUACAAUACUUUUUGAAAUGUUGAUAUAUUGUAAGUAUUUGAGAUGUUAAAAGCCUUUUAACUGCAGAUUAUAGCUCCAUAAAUAAUAAGUGUUAUUUUAUGUUUUCCCCCACACCUCCUCCCCCCAAAUGUUGCUGCAUGUAACUUCACAAUGGAAAAUGAUGAUCUGUUUUGGUAUUGAGAGAGGGUAUCCUAAAAAAGGAUUUUUCUGUUAUCUUGAUUUUGCCUACAGUUCUGUUUAUGGUAGUUCCACCAAAGGUUAAAAUAGAAGCACAGUUGUAAUUGGAAAGCCCAUAAGUGUACACAUUUUAAUUAUGGACAUAUACAUCUGUAAUGUGCAUAUGCUGUAGAAAAUAAAGAUUUUAGUAUGUAAACUUGAAAUAGCCAAUAUUAUCAUAGGAGCAACAGUAUCUACAGUGAACAUUGUUACCAGUUUGUUUCUUUUCAAAAAUGGAAUAAGAUACUCAAGGUAGUAACUAAAGCUUCUUUACCAGCAUUCAUUUCAGGGAAUAGUUUGUCUCAGGGGGUGUGUCUACACAAGACAUUUACUGCACAGUUGACUAAUUAACUCUGCAGUAACAUCUCAUUGUCUACAUGUAUCCCCCUAUUAGGGCACACAAAAGUAAUAAACUCCACAGCAGGGUAGUACUUGUAAAAUACAAAUAUUACCCUGCUGCAGAAUCUUUUCAUACACAGCAGCGCAUGUGUAAAUGCUGCCCCAGCUGGCUGGGGCACAGGGUACUUCAGUGCGCAGCUAGCCAGCAGGCAGCCCCAAAACUGAAGCACCCUUGUGCCUCAGCCUGCUGCUCUGCAGCAUGUGGAGCCUGGUCAGAGCAGCCCUGGCUAAAAAGGGACCUGGGAAAUCAGCCAGCUCUGACUGGGCUUGUGCCUCACCCAGCCCUGCUGCAGCACAUGAAGCCCAGCUGGAGCAGCCCUGAGCUGGCAGGCUGACCCCCUGGGUCCCUUGCCAGCCCGGGCUGUACCAACCAGGGUUCACAUGCUGCGCACAAAUAAACUCUGGAGAAAUAUGGUCCAAAAUGUUUUGCUUCCAGGUGUAUAUUCAAACAGCAUGCCCAGGAGCAAAAAGCUCCAGAGCAAUAAGGGCCGGAGUUUAUUCAUGUGCAUUAAUCGCACGUGUAGAUGCACCCAGUUGUUGGCACUAAUUCUUAUACAAUUAAUUUGAUGAACAGCAGAACAAUAAGUUUAUUUUGCUGUAACAUGAUUGGAAUAAGGCUUAUAUUUAAAUAUAAAUUAAUUAAUUCUGAAAGGAAAAACAAAUGCUUAAGAUAUGUGUCAUUUUUCUAGGUGAUGUGAAUUAUGAUAAUACAUUGUGUUGCUCUACAAUAAACAGAACAACCAGAUGAUAAAAAUUAUAUCAGAACAAGGAGUUUAAGCAAUAGCUUCAAAGGGAUUUUUUGUUGUUGUUUUGUUACUGAGUUUUACCAGUAAAAUUAAUUCCUGUUUGAAAAUUAUAAAAUGAACUCUCAGACUAGGAAGUCAGUAUUAGGUACAAAUAAUAAAUCAACAUUCUUAAAGUUAAAGGGAGUAGAAUAAAUAAUCUCCUGAGUUGGCUUUCAUUUCAAAUAGAGUGUUCUCCUUUCCAAAUAACUGGUGUUGGUACAUUCAUUCUACUUAUUUUUGCCAGUAAAUUUUUGCUCAGGGCAAUAUUUAAGAGUAGCAGAAAAAGAAAAUUCCAUUGGGUGAAUUGAGUAUCAAGUACUGAAGUUUUGUUUUCUGCUAGCAGAUCAUUUAUGCAGUAGGAAGCCCAUUUAUAGUAAAGUCUGAAAACAUUUAUUUAAAAUAAAUUAGUGCUUGUCACAUUCAGAAAAGUUUCUGCAUUGUGCUCUGCCUUGGUUGUUUUAUCCCUCAUUUUGCAGGUUUUCUACAUUAAGCUGUAGUUUGGACCAACACUACUUUGGUCUGGCAAGUCACUUUUUUUGUUUCUUUUUGAAUCACUGGUAAGCAAAUACAACAUGGAGCCUUGAUGAAAUGAGCAAACAUUGCACUGUGGAUGCAUAAGUAUAUUUGUCUUUGUUUAUGCACUAUUAGAACCGAGAGCGCUGUAUAUAGAAUUUUGCUUUGGAGCAAUAUUUGCAAAACUUGAAAAAUUCUGUAUCUUGGUGUUUGAAAUAAAUAAAUAGGUUUUUGUUGGAUAAGUCUUAUUAAAGUCUAUUUGUUUGAAUGUAAUGAAUAUUCAAGGUAGUAACACAUUUAAAAGGUCAUUUUUAGUAUUUUUUCUUCACUGUUAACGUUGAGAUUGUUAGGGUAUCAAGAAUAAUAAAUAUUAACUGACAUUA